UGCUGACCCAGGCGGACCCAGCCCGGCCCCCGCUAGCUCUAGACCGCGCCAUGCGGGGCCCGAGCGUGGCUCUGUGGCUCUUCCUCGCUCUGCGCACAGCGCUCAGCAGGAUGGAGGUGCGGUGGUGCACCACCUCAGACCCGGAGCAGCAGAAAUGCAGUGACAUGAGCAGAGCCUUCCAGGAAGCCGGUAUCCAGCCGUCCGUCCUGUGUAUCCAGGGCACCUCCACUGACCACUGCAUCCAGCUCAUCGCGGCCCGGGAGGCUGAUGCCAUCACCCUGGAUGGAGGAGCCAUUUAUGAGGCGGGGAAGGAGCACGGCCUGAAGCCCGUGGUGGGCGAAGUAUAUGAUCAAGAGGUCGGUACCUCCUAUUACGCUGUCGCCGUGGUCAAGAGGGGCUCCCACGUGACCAUCAACACCCUGAAAGGGGUGAAGUCCUGUCACACAGGCAUCAACAGGACGGUGGGCUGGAAUGUACCAGUGGGCUACCUGGUGGAGAGCGGCCGUCUGUCCGUGAUGGGCUGCGACGUGCUCAAGGCAGUCAGCGACUAUUUUGGGGGCAGCUGCGUCCCUGGGGCAGGAGAGACGGGCUACUCGGAGUCCCUCUGUCGCCUGUGCAGGGGCGACGCUGCUGGGGAGGGCGUGUGUGACAAGAGCCCCCUGGAGAGAUACUACGACUACAGCGGGGCCUUCCGGUGCCUGGCGGAAGCGGCAGGGGAUGUGGCCUUUGUGAAGCACAGCACCGUGCUGGAGAACACGGACGGGAAAACUCUUCCCUCCUGGGGCCAGGCGCUGCUGUCCCAGGACUUUGAGUUGCUAUGCCGGGAUGGCAGCCGGGCUGAUGUCACCGAAUGGAGGCGAUGCCACCUGGCCCGCGUGCCUGCUCACGCCGUGGUGGUCCGGGCCGACACUGACGGGGGCCUCAUGUUCCGGCUGCUCAAUGAAGGCCAGCGUCUCUUCAGCCAUGAGAGCAGCAGUUUCCAGAUGUUCAGCUCUGAGGCCUACGGCCAAAAGAACCUGCUCUUCAAAGACUCCACCUCCGAGCUGGUGCCCAUCGCCACGCAGACCUAUGAGGCCUGGCUGGGCCGCGAGUACCUGCAUGCCAUGAAGGGUCUCCUCUGUGAUGCCAACCGGCUACCUCACUACCUACGCUGGUGUGUGCUGUCCACUCCCGAGAUCCAGAAGUGUGGAGACAUGGCUGUGGCCUUCAGCCGGCAGAGGCUCAAGCCAGAGAUCCAGUGUGUGUCGGCCGAGUCUCCCCAGCACUGCAUGGAAUGGAUCCAGGCUGGGCAAAUCGACGCCGUGACCCUGAAGGGCGAAGACAUCUACGCGGCAGGAAAGGAAUACGGCCUGGUCCCAGCAGUGGGGGAGCACUAUGCCCCGGAGGACAAUAGCAACUCCUACUUUGUGGUGGCCGUCGUGAAGCGGAACAGCUCCUCUGCCUUCACCCUGGACGAGCUGCGGGGCAGGCGCUCCUGCCACUCCGGGUUCCGCAGCCCCGCGGGCUGGGACAUCCCCGUGGGCGCCCUGGUGCAGAGGGGCUUCAUCCGGCCCAAGGACUGUGACGUCCUCACAGCCGUGAGCGAGUUCUUCAGCGCUAGCUGCGUGCCCGUGAACAAUGCCAAGAACUACCCACCCUCGCUGUGCGCGCUCUGUGUGGGGGACGAGCGGGGCCGGAACAAGUGUGUGGGCAAUAGCCAGGAGAGGUACUACGGCUACAGUGGCGCCUUCAGGUGCCUGGCUGAGAAUGCAGGGGACGUCGCCUUUGUCAAGCACACAACUGUCUUCGAAAACACAAAUGGCCAUAAUUCUGAGCCUUGGGCUGCUGAGCUAAGGUCAGAGGACUAUGAGCUGCUGUGUCCCAAUGGGGCCCGGGCCGAGGUGUCCCAGUUCGCAGCCUGCAAUCUGGCACAGAUGCCAUCCCACGCCGUCAUGGUCCGGCCGGACACCAACAUCUUCACCGUGUAUGGACUGCUGGACAAGGCCCAGGACCUGUUUGGAGAUGACUACAAUAAGAAUGGCUUCAAAAUGUUCGACUCCUCCAACUAUCAUGGCCAAGACCUGCUUUUCAAGGAUGCCACGAUCAGGGCGGUGCCUGUCGGGGAGAAAACCACGUACCGGGCCUGGCUGGGCCCCGACUACGUGGCGGCUCUAGAAGGGAUGCUGUCUCAGCAGUGCUCGGGCGCAGCGGCCCCCGGGCUGUCCCCGCUGCUGCCGGCGCUCCUGCUGGGCCUCCCGGCCGGCCUCCUCCAGCCCGCCCUCUGA